AUGUCGUCCAAAGGUGGUGCAUCGCAAACCUGCUUCGCCAUUCUACUUCAACACACCCAAAUAAUGUACGCACAAAUCGACGAUUUCCACGGUACUGACCAAGAAUAUAUCCGAUUUCUUGAAUUAUCAGGAUAUGCGCCGUCGAAUGGAGACAACAUUGACCGUGGCGAGUCUAUGGAAUAUCGAGGUCCAGCUGGCGAGACUGCAUCAUUUCCUGUAGAUGAGACGCUCAGUAGUAGCGUUUCGCCCACAAUUGGGGAACCAUCCUCCCCGGCGGCAAAACCUAAAGAUUUGAGCCAAGAGAUCAUUCUGGUCCUGAGGACACUGGCUGAGCAGGGAUUUUGGAUCCCCUUUUUCCCCACAUGUCUACCCUCCAGGUUUGCUGCAGAGUCAAAUGAAUCAGCCUUGGAGAUUGCGAUAUCCCACACCCUGAAUCUUAACAGUGUCCUCCACAAAGCUGAAAAUAUUGAGCGGGGUUGGGCAAGGGGUACGUGGUCGCCACGCUUGACUUGGAACGCGGGUAUUAGAUCAACAAGAAACGAGAACGCAACUGUGCGAUUGAAUCGAUCAAGUGGCCAUACGCUGCUUGAUACGAAGCCAUGCCCUGACAUGCGGUCGGGAAAUGUUUCCGCCAGACGUUUCGAUUGUCAUGGCAUGGCUCCCUCCUCCUCUCUUCUGGUCAAUAAAUUUGCAUCUGUGCAUGGCAUGGCUGGACCAUCGUUCCAUCCUGGAAAACUUUCAAACAGGAUAAUGACCCCAUGGGUGGAAAGUGCUGUUGAAAGAGAGUCCGCCGGCGCUCUUGACUUCCCAGUACCUACCUGGCCAGCCGGAGGCUCCAGUUCACGAUGUCAAAAUGAGUUUCGUUCACUGAUUCUGUGUCCAUACCGGCUGAUUAAUUGCCUUUCACGUCUUGCGUCUCGUUGUCACUCGCCACAAGAAAAGGUGAUUUUUACCGCCGAAAGAGCACCGUUCCUCCCACAUCCAAUGAUUGCCUGUCGGUUGCCGACUGGGAGGACACUGCGCCCUGCUUUCGUGAAGCAUAAGAGUUCGGAGACCUUUCUCUGCCUCGUCCUCUGCUUCCUCCACACACAUCUUCCUCAAAGUGCCACAUCUCUCACCCUUCUCUCCCUCAAAGUGCCACAUCUCUCACCCUUCUCUCCCAUCACCACUCACGACCCUUCGAACACUUCUCAGGCCUCAGAUCUUUCGUCGUACAACAGCAGCAACCAGGUCACCCCGAUCACCACUUGCAGUACAGACUGGGAUCCUCAGCACCAGCCUUCGAACGAACGCAAGACCGCCAAACCGCCAGACCAAGCAUCCUGCUGUCAAAUCCCAAAAGGGCAUCGCCCGAUGAUGAUAGCAUUUUGCACGUUGAGGUCAGAUGACAUGUCCCCACCCCCGGCGUUGACGUGGGUUUCACAGGACAAAUCACUCCUUUCCCAUACACAGGUGUUCGACCGACGGUUUGGCGGCAAAGCGUUCGAAUUUCCUUCCGAUGCGAGCGUGUGUCCACCACUCACCGUUGGGAUCAUCGUUGUCUCCUCGCCUUACUAUCUUCUCAUUCCAGCGUGUCUUGUCUUGUCUUCCCGGCUUGAUUUGAAAAUUAAGAAAGGACGAAAUGAGGAAGCUGGAAGCGCUCAAAAUUUCAAUGAGAACCGACCUUUGACAGGGAGGUGUCAUCUCCCAUGUCGAUAGGCGGAGCACAAAGGUUUCUAUUGUGAUCCUUCGAUCAUGCAUCUACCAAAGUAUUUCCAAAUUCGCUAUGGGUGGAAGGUCUCCAUCCUCUUCCAUCGCAUCAGCCUCCGAGGCACCAGGCCGGCGUAGUGGUCGUCUGUGCCAGUGGGCAAUGAAGCUUUGAGCAGCAUUUUCCGUAUGGAAGCCAAUGAUAAAGACAUUCCCAGGUGUACGUCUCGGCGGUUCUUUGGCUUUUGGUUCUGCUUCAAAAGUCGGCGAAGAAGCCGCCGGGUCUGGUAUGUCUUCACCCAGCUCCUGUCGCUCCACCCAACGCGCUGCCCGCUCGCUUCUGUCGUACUCCGAAGGAACGCUAUCCAUGUCCAAUUCCCACCUCGUAAUCUUUAGGUCGAAAUUGUCACCCCCAGACCAACUCAGACCUCGUUUCUUGCCAUCAUCCAUCAUGAUGUGUCUGAUUACACUCGGCUGCAGCUGAGGCCCCUCCAUGGUCAGACGAGCCUCGUAUGGCAUUCUGUCUUCACGCUUAACCAGUGGCCGAUAACCUUCAUUAUUGAAAAUGGAAGAAAUCAUGGGCGUCAAAGGUGGCUGCAGCUGGCGCAGCUCGAGCUUCU